CAUGAAAUAUCAAAAAACUACGUCACAAUAAGAAAUCGCACCAAACGCAGGUUUCUAUCUCAGAAACUCCAUAAAACAAAAAAAAAAAACAAAAAAAUUCCCCCAAAACAGAGAAGGUUGCAAAAAAUCUUUCGAUUUUUAACAAAGCUUUAAAAAUUACGAAAGUUAUUUUGAAAAUAUAACCUUUAUCUUCUGUGAUAAUUCGAACUUUAAACACCUUUCUCAAACAAUAUUUUACAAUAAGCUGAGGUAAAUAGAACACACCAACAUCUAGAGCAACAACAACAACAACAACAACAGCAAGAGCCACAACAGUAAGAAGAAGAACAAAUAUGAAGUUCCACACAGUAUUGUUUCUCAGUUUAUUUAUGUCUACAUUCUACCUUCUCACGGCUCAUGAUACAGCAGCUUCAUCAUUAUUGCCAUCAUCAUCAUCACCAGCAGCAGCAGCACCAGCAGCAGCAGCAGCAGCAGCAUUAACAGCAUCAACUCCAGACAUCAACAUCAUCAGGCUCGACACCAACCAGAACGCAUCAGCUCCGCUUGUCAACGAUGAACCAGCAGUGCAGGCUAAGCCCGGUAUCAUUAAGAGUUUGGGAAACAGUAUAAAAUCGUACUUGGUUCGAAUAAGAAAAGCAGUUUUCAACCAUUCUCUCAUCAUUGGUCCAGUUGUUGUCACUGCUUUUGUUGUUGGGGUAACAGUGUUAACGCACCGGAACCGAUUCUCUUAACCGAUUCCUCGCUCUAUGCAGGCGUUAUCAUAUUUUAUUAAGAAUCUUUAAAUUCACUCUUAAAUAGAAGGAACACAAGAUUCAGAAUUUGGAGAAUUUUUGCCAAGUGACAAGGCAUUUCUAUAGAAGAGAAGCAUAAAUGAAAAUGGCAAGUUUGAAGAAGUUCCAUUCUUUCUUGUUUAGAUUUGAGAUAAAAAACAAAAUCCAAAGUACCUUUAACUGCUUUCAAUGGUGACUAAGAUAAGUUGUUAUAAAGACUAAUUACUCUGGUUAAUUUGUUAUAAAAACGUCUUGGAUAUAACUUGUGGAAUUUUUGAAAGCUGCACCGAGCAAAAAAAUAGAAAAAUGUUCUCUUCACAAAAAUAAAUGCAUUUUGCCCCUUU